GAUCCGGGAUGGAAAUGCCAAAGAAGAUAAAGGAGCCGGGCAGCUGUCGUUGUACGAGAAAACAGCGCGAGAGAUAAAAGUUCCUACACAAGAGAGUUUAAGAAAAGCGUCGCCAUGAGCUGGAGUAAAGAAUAAGCUGUUCCGGGCGUCUUGGACGAGCGGGUUGUCCGACUUUGAAGCUCUCAAGUUUGGACAGCUAGCUGACGCUGCGCCUCUGCUGUUAGCCUAGCUUUGCUAGGUAACUACUACGUCUCCAUCUCUGAGUCUCCUGCCUCUGCCUCCACCUUGUCAGCAGUACCGUGCAGCUAGUGGUCAUUUUGCGUGCUCUUGUUUUUUAUUGACUCUAAUAGAGCAUGUUUCUUUUUGUCAUUUUACACUUGAAGCUGUCCGGUAGCUCGUCUGUAUGCUAGCUGACGUUAGCUAACGUUUGCCGGGCCAGACAGCAACUUCGGCAGCAGAGUUUCGGGGGAGUAUUGUCGCUCACAAGCAGCCUGUGCUGCCAAAAGGAGUCCGCCUGCAGACAUGUUUGAAAUGGAGACGCAUAUCUCGUGCCUUUUCCCGGAAAUUUUGGCCAUUAUUUUCAGUUACCUGGACGUUAAGGACAAAGGGAGAGUAGCCCAAGUGUGCACGGCCUGGAGAGACGCGUCCUACCACAAGUCGGUGUGGAGGGGGGUGGAAGCCAAGCUCCAUCUGCGGCGAGCCAACCCAUCUCUGUUCCCCAGCCUGCAGACUCGGGGCAUCAAGAAGGUUCAGAUUCUCAGCCUGAGGCGAAGUCUGAGUUACGUGAUUCAGGGGAUGCCGCACAUCGAAAGCCUUAACCUGUGUGGGUGUUUCAACCUCACAGACAACGGUCUCGGACAUGCCUUUGUGCAGGACAUCUCAUCCCUGCGAGUGCUGAACCUCAGCCUUUGUAAACAGAUCACUGACUCCAGCCUGGGAAGGAUCGCUCAGUACCUCAAAAACCUGGAGGUGCUUGAACUCGGGGGAUGCAGCAAUAUCACCAACACGGGCCUGCUGCUCAUUGCCUGGGGCUUGCACAGACUCAAGAGCCUUAACCUGCGCAGCUGCAGGCAUGUGUCUGACGUGGGCAUCGGCCACCUGUCUGGUAUGACCCGCAGUGCAGCGGAGGGUUGCCUGACCCUGGAGAAGUUAACUUUGCAGGACUGCCAGAAGCUCACCGACCUCUCCCUCAAACAUAUCUCAAAGGGCCUAAACAAGCUCAAAGUGCUCAACCUCAGCUUCUGUGGGGGGAUAUCUGAUGCGGGGAUGAUCCACCUGUCACACAUGACCCACCUGUGCAGCCUGAACCUGCGGUCGUGUGAUAACAUCAGUGACACCGGGAUAAUGCAUCUGGCCAUGGGCUCCCUCCGGCUCACCGGGCUUGACGUCUCUUUCUGUGAUAAGAUUGGUGACCAGAGCCUGGCUUACAUUGCCCAGGGGCUAUAUCAACUGAAGUCUCUGUCUCUGUGCUCUUGUCACAUCAGUGACGAUGGCAUUAACAGGAUGGUACGCCAGAUGCACGAACUCAAGACUCUAAACAUUGGACAGUGUGUGCGAAUCACAGACAAAGGCUUGGAGUUGAUAGCUGACCACUUGACCCAGCUGACAGGGAUCGAUCUGUAUGGUUGUACUAAGAUCACCAAGAGGGGCUUGGAGAGGAUAACACAGCUCCCGUGCCUUAAAGUGUUAAACCUGGGACUGUGGCAGAUGACCGAGAGCGAGAGGGUGAGGUGAAAGCUCUCCUGUUCAGUCCACAUUUCAGAGGAGACUCUGCUUCCAUUCUUAAAUUUACCUUCUAUGCUGCGACUAAAAACGAGGAGCCUGACUCGGCAUUCAUCACUGGAAUAUUGUUCACCUCUGCUGCAAUACUCUGACUUUAUUUCAGUCUUGUCCUCUCCUUCCUUAAAGUGCCCCAAUAAUGCUCAUUUAGAGGGUCUGAAUUUUUUAUUUUAGGGAUCUACCAGAAUUUAUUUCAUGCUGUCAUUGCUGCUCAGGUUGCAUUGACCUAGCCCUCCACAAUCUGUUGCCUGAUAACAAAAGGCUUUAGCCACAGUAGAAACACAUGCUUUUCUACUUUCUAAGUGAUUGUUUUGUUAGAGUGACAGCCGCUUUAGAUUGGUCUAAAUAGUCUCCACUAUUUUAUGCUCAGUCUGCUGGCUAACAUCAAAACCAGAAAAAUUUGGAAACAAAAGAAGCUUGGUUGUGAAUUUGUAUUAAAAUAUGGUGUAUAUGUGCACAGAGUAAGGAUAUGAGUAUUUUUAAAAUGUGAUGUAAAUUUCAGAGGCAACAAAAUCCAGAAUGAGGUAUUUCGGUCCAGCAGCAAUGUUUUCUGUGGGAAAAGAGAAACUGUAUUUGGUAUAGACGACACAAAAAAAGGAUGAGGGAAACCACCCAAAGCAUAAUAGGGGCACUUUAAAUCUCAGCCUGUGUACAGUUCCUACUGUCUAGCUACCUCAUUCAUUGAACACAGGAGUGCCUACUGUUGCUAAAUACUAGAUUAGAGUUUAUAUUUUUGUGACUCGCAUACCAAUGGAGAUUUUGAUUUCUCUUUUUCAUCCUUUUUUUUUUUGGUUUUCUGAGUAACAGCUAGGCAUUUAACUUUAAACAGAAGUGCUCGAGUGCUUGAAGUUUUUUAAUAGAUUUUGUUUGUUUUUUUUCCUUGUUUUUUUUUAUUUACCUGUAACAUUUUUUUUGUAAUUGAAUGACUAAAAUUUGUACUUCAAAUUGAAGUGGGUGAAUCACUCCUGUCUUUGUUUACCUAUGUUUAGUGGCCUCUCUUUCAUAUUACUGAGGAAGUAAGUUAUGUAUCACGUCUAAGGUUUGUCAUCAUAUACAGUGAGGUGUAGUCAUUAGCAGCUACCAAGACUAUAUGCAAUACUUUCAACUGGCGCUUCCAAUGAUAACACCAGAGUAUUUCUUUUAAAAAAGCCGUAAUUUAAGAUUGUUUUAUAUUCAUACAGGAGUGAUAUUUAUGAAUAAA